UUCGCAUCCGGUAGGUCAGCCGGGUGGCACCCACCAGUCGCUACCCCGAGCCCAAGACUCAUCCUAAAACCAACACCCUGGCUCAACUGUGACAGCUGAAUCUCAGAGCCCACUUCAGGGAGGUCCUGGCUUCGACGGCAAGAAAGACAUGAUACAACGCGGCUGGAGAUGAGAGGAAUCUGGGGUCUCACCCGAGAUCCUUCCACAUAGGCAUCUGUACCAUCACAGGGAAGGCAAGUAGGAUUCCUGCUCCUUUCUCAACCCAGCUCCUCCCUCGGGUGACCACACCUGGGUCCCCAAUGGCUUUGGGAAAGAAAGAGAGGCCAGAAUGCAGAGCUGUAGUGUCUGGACCCAGGCCAGCGGCUGAAGGUCUUCACAGUUCUUAACCGAGUCCUUGCACAGAUGCAUUGAGGCGGCAUUUUCUAAACGUGACUAAACCACCACAUUACAUGGCACAGAGGGAUUCAGUAGUGUUCCCAAAGGAACAGCCCCGUGACCCAGAGAAGUAUGUCUGUGGUCCUGAACUUCUCAGAGUCCAGCGUUGUAUGGCGGGUUAACCCGAACGGUGGUUUUGAAUAGCUGUGGCUUUCACUCUAAGACCAGAGUUUGGAACCUAGCUCUGGAUCAGGUGUAACUCGGGCAGUCAGCCUGGAUUUCCCAGCCUUCGCGUCUCUGUUUCCAGCCCAGCUGCAGCUAUCACGGAGACCUCCUAUAUCCAGCCCUGAAUGACACUGUUCCUUGCCUCUCAAGGAGCAUGUCGUCCUUAUUCUCGAGGAGCACCAAGAGCCUGGUGAGAGAGCUGGGCAGGAAGGGUGAGCUGGUGCCUGUGGACAGCCUGAACAGCUCACAGCGCCUGCGCCCCUUCUGCCUGGUGAGGAAGAAGCGCAAGCGGUACCUCUGGCCUUGGGACACACCCCUCAUCCCUACAGACUUCUCCCUCCUGGAUGUACUGGAGCCUGGCUGGCCUGACCCAGAAGUGAACCACAGCAGGCCCAUCUACACCUGGGAGAAGGAGGCAGGAGGAUUGACAGGGGCUGUGAGUCUGAGCGCUGGGCUGCAGGGCCAGGUGACCGGAAGCGGCAAGACUACCUGCCUCUCUGCCUUGGCUGUGCAGGCUCUCUGGGUCUCCCCUUGUACCUGGGAGAUGCUGCUUGAGAAGAGGAAACUGAGGUCCCCUAGGCCCUCCUUCCUCCAGGAACUACAGAGCCGGAAGGAGAGGGAGAGCCUAUAUGUGGUAACUGAGGCUGUGGAGACCCUGCAAGAUACCAUACUUCAGAGCCACGGCCAAAUGCUAGGAGCUGGACAGCUGUCCCUCCUACAACUGGGCCAUGUUCAGGUCCAGGGACAGAGCCAUGUGGACACAGAGAAAAUGGUGAGCAUCCCACAGGGCAGCGUACUGGCCUACAGGGUUCUGCAGCUGGAGGUGGAAGAAGAUGGCUGGGCUGUCCUUUACUUCCCUGAAAGAAAGCUCUGCAGGAACGCUGGGGUAGGUAUAACUGAAGGUUACUUCAGUCAGGAAUCAGGAGAGGAGUCUAGCUUCCACGACUUUCGGGACCAGGCAGUUAGCCAGUUGCAGGACCUGGUCACACUGUCCUCAGAGCAACGGGACACAUUGCUGGGUGCCCUCCAGGAGCUACUACAAGACUACCAGGCACUCCAGGAGCUGGAGGACACGCUGGAACAGGCUCUAGACACAGGACUGCUGGUACAGCUGGAGGGCCCUGGAGGCUGUGUCUUAAGGAUCCUCAAAGACUCUAUAGACGACUUGUCAUGCUUGAGAAGCAGGGCUGUCCUCUUCAUUCUUGGAGCCCUAGCAGCACUGAGUGAGCCCCAGCGUUGCCUGUUGGCCCAGUCCAUAGAGAGACAAAUCCUAUCUGAGGAACUGGAGCUGGUGGCAAGCAUCUUGGAGCACAACUGGAAUCAGAUGGAGGAAGCAACCUCUCCCCUCCCAAAAGGAGUACUCUGUGCUCUGAAGAGUGAGACUGUGGUCAUCAUCCUAAGCCUGGUGCAGGGCUGUGGGCUAGAGCUGGAGGAGUCUGGCUGCCAGCUCACCUGGGACCCUACAGCAGUGCCUCAGCUGUCUGCACUCUAUGGGUGCCUCACAGGGCUGCAGCUACUAGCUGACCCAAACCCCCGGGCUUUCUAGGACAGUGCCUGAAGAGGAAACACUGAUCUGUCUCUAAGAUCUCAUCUAAUCUAGAUCUCUGAUGCCUGGCAGCCUAAGAUGUCACUGACCCUCAUUAGUGGUCACAGCUGAUGACAGAGUUCCACCAGGAGAGGCCCCACACCACACUUAAGACUGGUUCCAAACAUCAGAAACACCUAUUCAGAACAAGCAUUGAAACAGUAUUCUUUCUGAGCAGUGCAAGCUGGCUGCAGAACAGUUUGGCUAUGUAUCUUAGGCAGCAUAGUCCUCUCUGUACUCAGGUAAAACCAGCCAUUGUAAAUUCCCUGGGCACAAGAACUUUCUAAAUUAUAUGUGACAUGCUUACAAGAGUGACGUUAUUGUAUGGUGCAAGGAGAGUGAAGCCACACGGGGAAGUAGCUCUUCAGGGUAACAGGACUUUAGACAAGCUGUCCUGCCUUGCAUUUCCUGCAUUGACCUCCUUUGUCCCACCUGAAACAUGACAAAUAGGACAAACUGCUCAGGUUCCAGCCAAUUGCACCCAAAUGACUAUACAAUGUCAGUGCAUGGGAUAGAGUCAGGAGAGAAGCCAAGAAGAAAUAGGAAGUUGGACCCUUCUCUGACAGACCAGGCUCUUCCUAGUUAAUUAUGCAGUACCUGAGUCAGUCUCAGCUUCUCCCUACAAGUUUCUUCUGUGACAGAUUGUUUCUGGUAAAACCUACAUUCUCCAACAAGGGUGCCCCUCACUGUGCAUGUGUGGGACUUUUACAGAGAUGGAAGAUGGAACUCUGGGAAGUCACAGAUCAGAAUAGAAAGGGAACUAGAAUU